AUGGUGUCAUGGGCGCCACCGGAGCUAGGAUGUCUGCUUGCCUGCGCCUCGUCCGAUGGCAAUGUCAGCGUGCUCGAGUUCCGGGACAACCAGUGGGCGCAUGUUAUAUUCCCCGCGCAUCCAAUGGGUGUCAAUGCUGUAAGCUGGGCCCCUGCGGGAGCUCCGGGUGCGAUUGCGCGCAAGGACGGCGGCGCGGGGACUCCGCCCGCUCGACGCUUCGUCACCGGCGGCAGCGACAAUGCCGUCAAGAUCUGGGAUUUCAAUACGGCCUCACAGGCGUAUGAGAAUACUGCAGUUCUUCCCCAGGGACACUCGGACUGGGUCCGCGAUGUGACGUGGUCACCUACCUUAUUGUCGAAGACAUACAUUGCCAGCGCAAGCCAGGACAAGACGGUCAAGAUCUGGACCAAUGCCAGCCCGGAUAUGGCGCCGGGAUCGUGGACGCUCGCCAAAACACUCGAGUUCGACGCCGUCUUGUGGCGGGUCAGUUGGAGUUUGAGCGGCAAUAUCCUCGCGGUUAGCGGUGGGGACAACAAGGUCACGCUGUGGAAGGAAGAUCUCAAGGGGAACUGGGAGCUGGUCCGUGAGGUUACAGAAUGA